AUGAAAGUCAUUUUCACCGCUUUGUUUGGGUCCUUAGCUAUUGGAUCGGUUAGCGCCAUCGUUGGGGGGAAACAAGAACCCCCGCGCUCCAAACCGUACACGUGCAAUGUGCGUUUCUCGGCUGAUAGUGAGGCUGUUUGUGGCUGCGCACUCGUCUCCUCGAAGCACGUGCUCACUACUGCGACCUGCGUCGGACAAGGAGAUUAUUACGUGUCCCUGGGUACGUUCUUUAACAGAGGUAGGGAAGAUGGCCAGCAAUUGAAGGUGGUGUCGAUUCUAAAACACCCGAAGUAUGAGGACCCCGGUCGUCGAAACGACUUUGCCAUUCUAACGCUUGAUGGAACUUCCAAUUAUGCUCCUGUGCAACUGCCGAUGAGUGAAGAUUCAUCCAAAAAUCUCAAGACAGGAGACUGGGUCACAGCCAUGGGAUGGGGUGGUACUGAUCCGUCAAACGGUUACGGUUACUCUGAAGUGCUUCAACGCGUCGAACUUGAGGUGUGGGAGAGCGAGAGAUGCCGUAAUACGACACACUUUGAUUUCAUCGACAGAACAUUCUUCUGCGCCGGUGGUGAAAAGGGAAAGGGUGUCGCUUACGGUGACCACGGUGGUCCGGUCAUUCUUAAAAAUGAGAAGGGACCAGAUGAUGAUGUGCUGAUCGGUUUGGUUAGCCGCGCUCCCGAUAACAAUUUGGAUGGCAUUCCUGCGGUGUGUGCCCGCGUGUCGUCGGUCCGUGACUGGGUCAAAUCUAACACCAUCACUUACUAG